CAUGAUGGAGAGAGAUGUGGUGUGCGUGUGGACGGUCUGAGAAUUGGGCGUGGGCGCACUGAGUUGGGGUGGUCUUUAGGUAGAAUGAUGCUGCAGAGGCUGCGGUGAGAAGAAGCUUGCAGGGCGGAGAUGCUGAAAUGCCGGUUGGGACGAUCGCUGAGCUCUCGAACGCGGGGAUGGUUCACCCGCCAACUGAAUGCACGGCCCGUUCUGCGCCACCGCCUCCACGCUUUUGCGGCACCAGACUCGCCUGCACCGGCUUUGACGCUCCAAGUCGACAGGCGCUGCGAACCUCUGCCACCACCUGCUGCCCGUCCGCAUUCUCCACACGAUACUGACGCGAUAGUCGCUACCGGCGCCUCCACCAGCACGCACGAACACGCAACCGCGCUGCACAAAAGUCACCAAAAAGCCACCACACAAGACAGCCGCCAUGUCGUCGCCUGCGGACCAGCAACAGGAGACGGACGAGAACAAGAAGAUCCUCUUCCGCUUCUGCUCAGAAUGCUCUAACCUGCUCUUUCCCCGCGAAGACAAAGCUGAGAGCAAGCUGCUGUUCGCCUGCCGCACAUGCUCCUUCUCUGAGGAAGCUCCCUCAGCGUGCGUCAUGCGCAACGAAAUAGCCUCGUCGGCCGGCGACACGGCUGGUGUGACAUCGGAUAUUGGGCAGGAUCCUACGUUGCCGCGAAUCAAGGAUAGGGCCUGCCCCUCGUGCGGCGAGCAGGACAUCGUCUACUUCCAGUCCCAGCAGCGAACCACACAUACAGGCAUGAAACUGUACUACGUAUGCACCCAGUGCAGUCAUGUGUGGCAGUAGAGAGAUUUUGUUCAAUGCCCUUUCAUGGGCGAUAGACUUCAGCAUUGGGAU